CUCUCUGUCUCUACCAACUUUACAAAUUUACAAUCAAUGCAAAUCCAAUCCCACCAUUAAAACCAAGCCUGCAGAACUUGCAAGGCCUCCUCAUCACAAACCAAUACAGGGACACAGAGAGAGCGCAGGAUUUUUUUGUUAUUUUUUUUUCUUGGUUGCAUGUGUGAAAUAAUGCGUUCUCUGGUGAUUCUAUCAUUGCUUUGCUAUUGGGUGUACAUGACAACUCACAGCCACAAGUCAUCAAUCUCUGUGGCUUCACAGAGCACUGAAGGAACCCUUUUUGUCAAUGGAACAGCUGCUAUUGGUUUUAUAGAUGAUGACUUUGUCUGUGCCACAAUUGAUUGGUGGCCUCCUCAGAAAUGUGACUAUGGAACUUGUAGCUGGGGCUCUGCUUCUGUUCUUAAUCUUGAUCUUGACAAUGCCAUACUUCUGAAUGCUAUAAAAGCAUUUUCACCCUUGAAAAUUAGGCUGGGCGGCACCUUGCAAGACAAAGUCAUAUACCAGACAGAAGAAAGCCAACAACCUUCUACCUCAUUUCUCAAAGAUGGUUCAGAGUUGUUUGGUUUCACUCAAGGUUACUUACCAAUGUCUAGAUGGGACCAACUAAAUAUUUUCUUCAACAAAACUGGGGCUGUUGUGAUAUUUGGUUUGAAUGCACUGAGAGGCAGGACAAUAAGCUCCCAAGGAGAUGCUGUGGGUGCUUGGAACUCAAGCAAUGCUGAGUCUCUAAUAAGAUAUACAGUCAAAAAGGGAUACAGAAUCCAUGGUUGGGAGCUUGGAAAUGAACUAAGUGGGAAUGGAGUUGGAACAAGAGUUGCUGCAGGCCAAUAUGCAUCAGACACAAAAUCUCUCCAAAGCAUAGUGCAAAAUGUUUAUGCAGGUUUUGAAGCUAAGCCACAAGUCUUGGCACCAGGAGGGUUCUUUGAUGAAAAUUGGUUCACAGAGUUUAUUCAUAAAACACCUCUGUCUCUUCAAGUAGUUACCCACCACAUAUACAACCUUGGUCCAGGUAGUGCUGGAGAUCUUAUUCAAAAGAUUCUAGACCCAUCUGUUCUUGAUGGUAUUUCCCAGACCUUCAAAAGCCUACAAAGCCUUCUUGAGAAAUCAAACACACCAGCAGUGGCAUGGGUUGGUGAAUCAGGAGGUGCUUACAACAGUGGCCAUAAUCAUGUAACAAAUGCAUUUGUGUUUAGCUUCUGGUACCUGGACCAGCUUGGAAUGUCAGCAUCUUAUGAUACCAAAACAUAUUGCCGGCAAACACUGAUUGGUGGCAAUUAUGGCCUCCUUGACACUAACACCUUCGUACCGAAUCCGGAUUACUACAGUGCUCUUCUUUGGCAUCGUUUGAUGGGAAAUAAGGUCUUGUCUACAAGCUUCCCUGGGACAAAGAAACUACGUGCUUAUGCUCAUUGUUCAAAGAAGACACAGGGAAUCACAGUGCUCCUCAUCAACCUAGAGAGUAACACUAAAGUUCAAGUCCGAGUUUCGACUGAAAGUCCUGGCAAGCUCAGUUAUCUGAAUUUUCAAGGCUUGCGGGGUUCUAAAGCUAGCCAGAAUGUAAGAGAAGAAUACCACCUAACAGCUAAAGAUGGGGAAUUGCACAGCAAAGUAAUGCUUCUAAAUGGGAAAGCACUAAGUGUAGAUUCAUCUGGGAACAUCCCAGCCUUGGAACCAAUAACAGUAGGGUCAUCAGAUCCCACAACCGUGGCACCUUUCUCUAUUGUAUUUGUUCACAUUCCCGGCAUAACUGUGCCGGCUUGUAAGUAGGGUUUUCUUGUAUAGUUGGUGGGAUUUGGUGUUCAUAUCAAAGGCUUGUCCACCUUCUUAUCUUAUCCUAAAGAUGGAAAGAGAAAUAAAAUGAAAAUUUGAAAAUUCAGAA